UCGGCUCAGAGCGCCUCGCCUGCUUGUGGCUCACCCGUUGUCCGGCUCCGGUAGCCUACAGCGUCUCUACCUGGCUUAUACAAGUUCGUUUUAAUAGAUACGAAAGCCACCGAUACGUAAAAAUGGGAAAUACGGUAGUUCGAGAUGACUUCGAGUGGGUUUAUACAGAGCAGCCCCACUGCAGCCGAAGAAAGCAGAUUUUGGCGAAACACCCAGAGAUCAAGGCGUUGAUGGGCGCGGACCCCCAGCUGAAGUGGAUAGUGACAGCCAUGGUGCUCACCCAGGUGCUGUGCUGCUUCCUCGUGCAGGCUCUCAGCUGGAAGUGGCUGCUUUUCUGGGCCUACAUGUUUGGCGGCUGCAUAAACCACUCGCUGACCCUGGCCAUCCACGACAUUUCCCACAACGUAGCCUUCGGCAACAAGUCGGCUGUGCUCAACCGCCUCUUCGGCAUCUUCGCCAACCUGCCCGUGGGCGUCCCCUACUCGGUCAGCUUCAAGAAGUACCACGUGGACCACCACCGCUACCUCGGUGGGGACGGGCUGGACGUGGACAUCCCCACCAGGCUCGAGGCCCGGCUCUUUAGUUCGCCCACCCGCAAAGUGCUGUGGAUCAUCCUGCAGCCGCUCUUCUAUGCCUUGCGUCCCCUGCUGGUCAACCCCAAGCCUGUGUCAAGACUGGAGGUCCUAAAUCUAGUUGUGCAGCUGGCCUUUGAUGCGCUGAUUUUCUGGCUCUGGGGGCUCAAAUCGGUAGUUUACCUAGUUGCAGGGUCGGUCCUCUGUAUGGGUCUCCACCCGGUCUCUGGCCACUUCAUCGCUGAGCACUACAUGUACCUGACGGGCAUUGAGACCUACUCCUACUAUGGACCUCUCAACUACAUCACCUUUAAUGUGGGCUACCACAUGGAGCACCACGAUUUUCCCAGCAUUCCCGGGAGCCGCCUGCCUGAGGUAAAGAAGAUGGCGCCAGAGUUCUACGACAAUCUGCCCCAGCAUGACUCCUGGACACGGGUGCUCUGGGACUUUGUCUUCUGCGACGCACUGGGACCAUACUCUAGAGUCAAGCGCCACAUUCAGUUGAAAAAGAAGCAGUAAAAGAUUACAUCGUAUGUUUCUGUCUGAUUUUUUGCCCCUAAUUUCACAGAAUAAGGCACUCUCAUCUUAACUGGACUUCAUACAAAUGUUUAUACAAACGUUUUUAGUGUCUUCUUCAUUUCACCAAAAUGAAAAUUGAAAGCGGUCAUACCUUUGCUUAUGAAUGUUUAUUUACUGUAGGGAUGUUUUAUAAUAAUUCGAAUGUAUCAUAAAAUUACAAUUAAAUUAAUGUCUUAUUGGAA